AUGAAAUUAAAAGAGCAGAAUCAAAACAUCAAGAAGCUUGACAAAAUUUCAAAGGGUUAUUUGAAAAAUUCGAUUCUUAUCUUGGCCUUCGACGAGGGCAGUUAUUUGGAACACAUUUGUGGUCAACUCAAAAGCAUCGAAGUCCUUCCAAUCUUCCCAAAAACAAUGAAGAGAAAACUGCCUUCAGAAAUUUCCAAUAAAGAAAGUCUGAUUGUUCAUUCCGAAACGUCUGGCUUAGCUGUUCAUGUGGAUCGUCUGGCGAGACAUUUGGCCGGCUGCCCGGAAAUGUGUCAGAAGCGUUGCAUUAGGGAGCCAGGCUUUCAGGCACCGCAGGUUUGCACGAGGAACGAUGUUCAAAUUGGCAGAAAUCGCAAGUGCUGCGGCCCGACAGGCCCAGAUGGACAAACAGGGCCUCGUGGUGAACUCGGACCGGAAGGAUGCCAGGGAGAGCCUGGAGAAUUUGGGGAAAAUGGCGAAGACGGCCCGAAGGGUUUCCCUGGUCUCCGAGGAGAACCUGGAAUUCGAGGAAGAUCUGGCCCCUCAGGAACUCCUGGAGUAGAUGGAUACCCGGGCAUUCCAGGGGAAGUUGGCCCGGACGGACCGGAAGGAAACGCAGGAGAACCUGGAACUGCUGGCUACAAAGGCUUUAAAGGCCCUCAAGGACCUCAAGGGCCACCAGGACCUCCAGGAGAAGUUGGUGAUAAGGGAGAUAAAGGUUAUCCUGGUGAUAUGGGCGCUUAUGGCCCACCUGGUGGUGAUGCUACUCCUUGGCAUGAAGUGGAUGAAGAAACAAAACAACGACUUUUUGAAGAAGCCUUGACAGACCUGCUUGAAAACGACUACGAAGUUAAAAUGCACCUGAAACAUAUUGUCCAAUACUUGCCACGCGAGAAAUACUGCGACUGUAAAAAUAAUUUCUUUUGA